AUGAGUGUAUUCUGCCUCCGUUUAUCUCGCUGCUUUUUAUCCACUGCAUCAAAUACCAUCUCCUCUUCCUCCCUAACGUGGUUCACGAGUGAUGCCCCACGUACUAGCAUUUUAACUCCGUCUGCACAGCUUUCCAAUCCCACUGCCUGCCUGGGUAGAUUUUAUUCUAUUCCUGAUCCCAUCGCAUCUCGCAUCAUCUCACCCUUCCUCACAAACGAACACCUCCGCGAACUUAGUCUUUUUGGCGACUUUUCUCUCCUCAUCCGCAAGCCAGCUCUCGAUAUUAUGGGCUUUUUGGAAUCGGCUAAAUUGACGUCCUCGGUCCCCCGUUUCGUUCUCUACGGACAGCCCGGUUGCGGGAUAUCCGUCCAGCUGGCGCAUAUCGCCCAUUACGCUGCAGAGAAAGAAGGUCUCAUAUUCGCCUUCUGUAAUGCAGAAGAUUGGCUUGAACGGUGCAGUGACUUCAUUCCGAGUAAUGCAUAUCAUCAGGGACAGCACAGGCAUCUCUUUGAAGGCGAGGCUCUGGAUUUCCCGUGUCGUUCAGCUGCGUGGCUAAGCGGCUUCGUGAAACUUAAUUCUCCGGUGCUUGAAAAGUUAAAUCCAAUGAUUACUCGACCUGUAGAGUGGACGGUGAAGGAUUCUUCUCCGGCUGGGACACCUUGGAUGGAGUUGAUCGAUUUCGCGAUAACGCGACCGAAAUAUUCUACAGAUUGUAUUGGAAUCCUUCUUCGUGAUUGCUUCCAGAUGCGAGCCCUGUCGGCUAGCGAAAAGGCAAUAAAGUGUUACCUCAUCAUUGAUGGAGUGAACUUUCUGUGGUGUCGUGGAACGAGACUUCAAGAUAAGGUACUUCACAAAAAAGUCGCUGUCGAUCGACUAGCGAUUGUACAUCAUCUCCGGAGGGCUCUUCAAGGUGAUUGGCCGCACGGAGCAGUCCUAACUUCCGUGAAUGAAAGAGCUUCCUGGCCGUCGGAUCGUGAGGAUCAUACACCGGGGUACCUUUUAACGAAACGUGGUUUUGAGACAAUGGAUCCAUUCAUCCCCGUGCAUGUGUUAAACUAUACCCCAGUGGAGGUGGAUGCCGUUAUGCAUUUCUACGCUCAAAACAGGUGGUUUGCCAAUCCGGCAGCGUUGGACAAGGAUGGAAGAGCGGAAAUCAUCUUUCUAGCGGAUGCGAAUCCACGAGAAUUGGCUAAAGUGGCUGCAGAAUGGGUGGUUUCGGGGGCUCUCGUUGUCGUUGCGCGGAGUGGACAGGGUGCUGUAUGCCCUGGGCGGGGCGGGUGGGCCCUUACUACCGGUUUGACCAGUCGAAUUCACGGUAGUAUAUCAGAAUCUCUCAGCAUUGAUGUUGUCCCGGAACCGCGUAUAGUUCCAAUUCCACAAGAUGAAGAGCUUCUUCCUCUCAUGUCCUCUUGCGGCCGCGCCCAUUCCAUUAUCGUCUUUCAAAACAUGAAUACAAAACAACCGGUUCUGUUUAGUUUGGGGAAUAACACUUAUGGACAAUGUGCACGUGAAAUUAUCGCAGGAGAAAUUUUCACGGCGGAUAAUCCUCAGGUUACUAGAGUGUUGAUUCCGCCAGAAUUGAAAACCAUUAAACAGAUAGAAUGCGGGCAGGACCACAGCCUUGUGUUGUCCAGCGAGGGUCAGAUUUUUUCGGCUGGUUUAUCAACAGAUGGACAAACUGGAUUGGGUUCAACAGAUUCGGUAGAUAGGUUGACGAAGAUUGCUGGCAAUCUGAAUGGUUUACACGUUAAGCAAAUAUCAUCUCGUGGCGACACAGUUCUUGCACUGACUGAAUGUGGGCGGGUUUUCGGCUGGGGCAAUAACGAGUACAGUCAAAUUUGGUCUGCCAGCGAUGAGGUUCAGGUUCUUGAACCCACCGAAAUUCCCAUUCACCAAUGUCUCACCAACGUUAGACUAGGCAGGAUAACCCAAGUUGCUGCCGCUGGAUCAAUGUGUGGCCUCUUGGAUGAGUACGGUCAUGUUCUUGUUUGGGGUUUCGGAUGUCUCGGACUGGGUCCAAAGGCUUUUCAGUGCUUGAAACCAACUCUUAUUCCACCAGCUCUCUUCUCUCCUGCUCUGCCUUUCUCUGACAAUAGAAUAACUGAUUUAGUGCCUGGAUUGCAUCAUUUCAUAGCGCGGUCGAGUUGUGGUCUUCUCUGGUCUUGGGGUGCUCCUAGGGGAGGUCUGGCAUGCCUUGGACUGGGUCGGAACUCUACAAAAUCGACAGAAGAUGCGAUGAAGAAUGUUCAGACCUAUCCUAUGCCCUUGUCUCUUCCUGCAGAAGCAUUGAGAGUUGCUUGUGGUGUUGAUCACACCAUGGUUAUCGCCAAAUCCUUUGUUUGA